GAUUUCUCAUUUCAUUUCAAUUAAAAUACUUAAGACGUAUAUUGGAUUACGAAUACUUUUCAAUUAAAUACAAAUACUAAAUCAGCGCUAAAAUGUCUCGUCAGACCUCUAGACUGGACGCUAAGAAAGUUAAUUCAGAGCUGUUGACGCUCACCUACGGUGCACUGGUGUCUCAGAUGCUGAAGGAGAUUGAUAAUACGGAUGAUGUAAAUAAGCAGCUGGAGAGAAUCGGGUAUAACAUGGGUGUUCGUCUUAUUGAGGACUUUUUGGCCCGAACUACGUCCACCCGCUGUCUGGAGAUGAGGGAGACUGCUGAUAAAAUUCAACAGGCGUUUAGAUUAUACCUAAACAUGCAGCCAACAGUAACCAGCUGGAGUAGUUCCGGAGACGAGUUCUCGCUGGUCUGGGAUCAGUGUCCGCUGAGCGAGUGGGUGGAAAUGCCCAAUAACGGCCUUAAGUACUGCAUGCUGAUACCGGGGGCUAUUCGGGGCGCGUUGCAAAUGGUGCAACUGGAAGUCCAGUGCUGGUUUGUUCAGGAUCAACUGAAAGGUGACCCCGUGACCGAGCUCCGAGUCAAAUACAUCAAGAGGCUAGAAGAUGCCGUGCCCGCUGGGGAGGACUAAACUUGGACUGUUAGUUAUUUUACUUUUGUUAUAUUA